ACCAAUGUGUCUUCGUCACUGUUUCACCCUCGGGUUAAAUUCUUCUUGGUCAUAAGAAAUGGAAAAAGAAUCGAAGCCAAGUGCCGCUCGAAAGAAUCCGCGUUUCUAGGACGUGCUUACGUUUCCGGUGAAAGAAGAGCCUGUUGCUUUGCCAGCGGCAUCAUGAUCUUUUUCUUUUUCUUUUUUACCAAUGACUCAUCGGUACACAUGAAAUUACCAUUCGCUAUGUUCAACGUUCUCUGAUCUGUCAGUAGUCCGCGGACCGUCAAGCGGAAAGGAGGUUUAUUCCUUUCUCUGAUCGAGUCAACGCGCACGUGCGUGAAGCGUCUGUUCAAAAUUCCCGAAAGUGAUUUACAUUCAGAAGAAUCUUAUGCGAUCUUGAUGUAGUAACGAAGUAAUUUAUAAUACGUGAUUUUAUUAAUUUUCUUUUUAAAUUAAUUUAGUAUUGUUCUUAAAAAUUAAGUGUCAUUCGUUUUGCCAGGGAAUUUGAGGCUGAAAUCUAGACUUGCAAUAAUUCAUGGUAGUGAAAUGCUAAUUGAUCACUCAGAGUAUUACCUUCAAAAUUCCCAUCGUGAUCAUGGUAGAAGAACAAUAGGAAUGAUUCUUAGGAUGACGUAAAGAUUCGUGCAAUAGAAUAUUGAUUACAUUCACCGAUUACGGUGUCUAAAGAUCACGAAUUCAUAAUCGGUUUCCUAUCCAGGCUGAAAUUGAUUCAUGGAUGAAAGGAAGUGAUCUAUUUGAAAGAUUUAUAGAUAUUGGAUUUAAAUGAACAUUCAUGAAUCGCGAAAGUGAUGUUACAAAAGAAAACCGAACGAUGACAUAACAAAGUUAACGCAUAAAUUAUGAUAACGAGUAGCGUCGAAGAAUUUCGACAAUGGACACGUAAGUGUUAUUGCUUUGUCUUAGAACUUAGCAUAUCUCUGGCUCGCUUUUACGAAUUUCAGUUCAUUUUUUACCAAUAAUUGCAGCGAUAAUAACGUUUUCAUGUUGACAUAAGAUUACUGUCGCUAAGCUGACGCCUCGUUAAAUACAUUGUUUUUCUUUUUAAAAUAUAUUAAAGUUGCAAGGUUUCUUCUUUUCUUUCACGAAAGAGGCAUAUUUAUUCAAUGAAAACACGCUCGCAUUUUUAUCAAACGUAUCGGAACUUAUCCAAGCGUAAGAGUAUUUUUAGUGAACUUGAAACACGUUGUCGAAAAACGAGAAGAGCGUUCUUCGGGAUUGUGAAAUAUACCUAUCGUGACGUCAAAUAGGAAAUAGCGAAAACAAACACUCUAUUCCUGGUCUCCAAAACCCAUCUCGCGAAGAUUAAACAAUUUAUACUGCACUUGAUUACCAAAAAGAUGGAGCAAAAAAUCAUUGAAAAUAUUUUGCAAUAAAAUAAACGUAAAAUGGAGUUGUGCAAGAGUUACAAAUUUUUACACGUACUCCGAAAUUCCGGAAGACGUAUCACUUGGAGCUGGCGAACGGAAAACGGUACGAUCUUCCGGUUCACUGAGAACGAAUCCAACGAGGAUUGUUUGAUAGAAAUCGUUAACAUUUCUGUUCCUGUGAUCGCUAUCCUUGUUGCUGUGAUCGCAACAUUGAGAUACAAAUGCAGCAAACAGCAAAAAGAUGCCAGAAGACUUCUUCCAUUUCAUGUAACCAGAACACUCCUGUGUAUAUCUUUGCUCGUGAUGCUUUUCUUCGAAGUCUGCGAGUCAUUUUUAACAUUAAUUUCCUUAUCGUCGAUCCUCACGAUCCUGGCUAUCCUCUCCUGUUGGUUCCUUCAUCGAGCAACCGAAAUUAGAGAUGGUUUUGGAACUGUGUUCACUGCUGCAAUUUUUGCCACCAUCGGUUUAUCAAGAGCAUGGAAAUUUACAUAUUUAUCUAGGUACGGUUUGUCGAUCGAACACGUUCGAUUCACGACAACAGCAAUCACCGCCAUUCUCUGCGGAACGUUCGCUAUUUUGGAUUCUUACACCCUUUAUCUUACGACGAGGAAGAGGAAGAGGUACUUGAUCGAACGAACGGGUAACAGAAGGAUCGUCUACAAACAUUCCGAGGCACCUUUUCUCGGUAGAAUCACCUUCCACUGGGUGAUCGACCUGUUAUCCAAAGGUUAUAGUAGAUCUUUAGAUGCUCAAGAUCUUGGUCAACUUCCUGAAGAGGAAACUGCUGAGAAACAAUUUAACAAGUUUCGAAAGAUUUACGAAGAGCAAAGGGAAAGAAAAAGGAAACUGUCUCUCUGGCGAUGUUUCUGGAAAAGAAUAUGGUACCCCUUUGCAAUCGGGGGUUUCUUAAAAUUAUUAGGGGAUGCUACAACCCUAGUUGCUCCAAUGACAAUUUCCAAAAUUUUGGACUAUGUUUCUAUUUCUCAAAAUGGAACAACGAAUUCUGUACCUGUUAUAUCAAAUAGUGCCAUGACGUUCUCUGAAAUUAUACAAAAUGGUUAUUUCUUGGGCCUGCUGAUUUUCUUCUUUGCCCUGUUACAAAGUACUCUGAGCCAGACAUCCAGUCAUAUCCUCUGCGUGGAAGGGAUCCGCCUGAAAACUGCUCUUCAGGCGUUGCUAUACGAUAAGGCUUUGCGUCUAUGUUCGUGGAGCAUCGACGAGGAGGAGAAUCCAUUAGACAAGGAGAAAGAACAAGACAGGUGUCAGCAGUCUGCUGAUAUCGGGACUCUGACAAAUCUCAUAUCAGAAGAUGUUUAUAACGUGAUGAGCUUUUUUUGGAUCGGUCAUUACGCUUGGGCAAUCCCCUUGAAGAUCACUGCUAUCAUUUUCCUUCUCUACACGAAGUUAGGAAUCAGUGCAAUCAUCGGUGCACUAUGUUGCAUACUCAUUGUAACACCGAUGCAAUUGAUACUUGGCAAGAGAAUGUCGGAAAAUUUCAAAUCAGUCGCUAAAAAGAGCGACGCCAGGUUACGUUUAAUGAACGAAAUCUUGCAAGGGGUGAAAUUAAUUAAACUCAGAGCCUGGGAGAAGAUUUUCGAAAGAAAAAUAAAAAAAGCAAGGAACGAUGAAUUGAGAAUGUUGGACAAAGAUUCUUUCUAUUGGACUCUCAUUAAUUUUCUUACUCACGCAUCAUCGGUACUCACGACACUUUUCACUUUCGGCAUUUAUUUCUGGAUAGAAGAACGAAGUCUCGAAGCUGGAAAUGUAUUCGCAAGUUUAGCCCUAUUUUCCCAGCUCACUGUACCCCUUCUAAUUUUUCCCGUGAUGAUACCCAUCAUCAUCAAUGCAAUGAUUUCUACCACCAGAAUGGAGGAGUUUCUUCAGCUUCCAGAAAUCGACAACGUUCUACCAGAUCCUGUCGAGGAAAAAUUCGAAACUCUGCAUUCUCGUACAAAUUCUAUCGACGACACCACUGUGGAAACAAUGAAGCCUCAUAAUGCUGCAACUUUUGGAUCCUUGGACGAUAUCGAAGAAGACGAAGAAGAUGGAAAUUCCUGUGGUUUAAGAAAAUACAAAUUAGACAUCGACUCUUCUGCAGAUACGGUGUUUGAGAAUGAUCCGGAAAUUCCGGUGCUUAGGAUGAAAAAUUGCUCGUUUUCUUUAGGCUCGGAAGAGGGUCGGUUGUUGAUAAAUCACCUCAACUUUCCACGAGGUCAAUUGACUGUAAUCGUCGGAAAAACUGGCAGUGGAAAGACAACCCUGUUGCUUGGAAUGUUGGGAGAAAUUCAGAGAACAACAGGAACGAUCGAGUGGGCCAAGGGCUCUAAGAUCGCUUACGUUGCACAAACACCAUGGCUAUUGAAUGCGACACUGAGAGACAACAUUCUCUUCGGAUCAGCGUAUAAAUCGAGAAGAUAUCGAAGCGUUUUGAAAGCUUGCGCUCUACAACCGGAUGUAGAUAUACUUCCGGGACACGAUCUGACGAGGAUAGGUGAAAAGGGGAUUAAUUUGAGCGGUGGACAGAAGCAGAGGGUGACUAUAGCCAGGGCAAUUUAUAGCGACGCGAAUGUCAUAGUUAUGGAUGAUCCAUUAUCUGCGUUGGAUCACCAAGUCGGCCAGCAGAUCUUUGAUCAAGGAAUCCGGAAAUUGCUCCUUCGAAGUGGACGUACAGUGAUCAUGGUUACCCAUCGAUUAGAACUAUUAUCUACUACCCAUCAGAUCAUCGUCAUGGAUGGUGGACGAAUUCGAGCAGUAGGAACGAAAUCAUCGAUAGAGGAUUCUGAUCCAGAAUUAGCUAACGAAUGGAGGAACAUCACAACGAGGAAAAAUGAUGGACAUCGUGUUUAUAGAACUGCCAAAGAUAGAUGGUCUCUGAUCAGACUGGUAUCCAGGAUCAGCAUCAACGUGAAGAAUAAGCAGAGUGGGUCUUGGAUUACCGAUCAAGACGCUCAUGUGGGUCCAUCAGCUUUUGUUCCACUUAGAAUGCGACGAGCAACCCUUUCAGGGUCCAGAUACUUAGCCCACGAUCUGACGGAUCUUCCAUUGCCCAGUGAAGAAUGGAAUACAUCGAAGAAGCGAUUCAAAUCGCAUAGAAACGCUGUUAGAUCCACCAGUCUUCAGCCUCAAAGGCAGCCUCCUCCUGUUCUUCGACAGAGCAGCACCCCGACCAUCCUUGAGGGUGCACACAUAGUUCACUCCAGGAAAAGAAAUAAUACCUUUGAUAAUGAACAACCUAGCAGUGUCCUAAGACAGAUAUUUUCUGGGAGAAUCGUCAGUCCACAUCCUGAUGAAAUACCUCUAAACAGAGAUAAAAGUGCCCUCCACAGAUUGAUACCACCUAAUUCCAAUAGACACAUGCAGUACAAUGUCAAAAAAUCGAAUGGAGAUCAAGAGCAUGAUCUACCUGUUAAACGAUUAAUAUCAGUAGAAUCGAAAGGAACCAGUGAAACCGAGGAAAUUGAAGGAAAAAUUGAUGGUACUGAUGAAGAAGAGGAUAGAAGCGGAGUGGUAACCUGGAUGAUCCUGGUGGAUUAUCUGAAAGCUGGAGGCUGGAUAUCUGGUCUGAUCUACAUAGGUGUAGCAAUUUUUUGUCAGGUUCUUCGCGUUUACACGGAUCUCUGGUUGAGUCGAUGGACAGACCAGGAGAGUGAUAGUUUGUCCGAGAAAAAUCCGGAUGUGACGACAUUAUUCUACUUUGAAGUAUACAUAACUCUUUCGAUAAGCUUCAUAUUCCUAUCUUUCGUGUGCAAUGCUACGGGUCAAUGGACAGGUGCCAAAGCAAGAAGAAAAUUACACGAAGAAGCUGUAUCCAGAUUACUUAGGGUACCAGUGUCUUUCUUCGACUGCAAUCCUGUUGGUAAAAUUCUCAACAGAUUCAGUGGUGAUACCGGUGUUAUAGACAAGAAAAUCUCCAUGUCUAUCCAAAGACUGACAUUCUUCGUUCUACUUUGUGGAUCAGCGAUUAUAGUGAACGUAGUAGUCUCCCCAUGGUUCUUAAUCGCAGCUGUACCUACUUGCGCAGCUUAUUAUCUUGUUCAAAGAUUUUACAGACGCAGCGCCAGGCAUUUGCAAAGAUUAGACGGAAGCACUCGAUGGCCAAUUGCCACCCAUUUCUCAGAGACCCUUCGUGGUUUGGCAACCCUGAGAGCUUCGAAACAAGAGAAUCGUUUCAUGCAGCAAGCUCUGAAGUGUCUGGACACAAAUACUAACGCUUUUCUACUUCUAAACUCGAGCAGUCGUUGGCUAGGCAUCGCUUUAGACUAUCUGGGCGCAGUGAUAGUGGUCACUGCAACUUUUGCUGCUUUAAUUUCCGCCGAGCUGUACCCAGACCGUGUGACGCCUGCUUUGGUCGGCCUGGCGAUUAAUUACACGCUUCUAGUGCCAAUUUACUUGAAUUGGGUGGUGAAAUUCACAGCCGAGAUUGAGAUGUACCUGGGUAGCGUGGCUCGAAUCUCGGUUUACAGAUACGCUCCUGUUGAAGAUUAUCAUCAAGAAGGUCUCCGUGUAUUUGAAAAUUGGCCCGCUAAAGGUGAAAUCAUUUUCGAUAAUGUAUCUUUGAGAUACGAUUCACAGAUAGAAUCGGUGAUCUCAAAUUUAUCAUUAAUGAUUCCAGCAGGUCAGAAGAUUGGUAUAUGUGGAAGAACCGGAAGUGGAAAGUCCUCCACAGCAAUGGCACUGUUUCGAUUAUUAGAAAUCACGCAAGGUCGUAUUAUGAUCGAUGGAAUUGACACUCGUCAAGUAUCAUUAAAGAUACUUCGUUCACGAUUGUCAGUAAUUCCUCAGGAUGUGAUUAUGUUCAGUGGUACCAUCAGGAAGAAUUUGGAUCCCCUAUCGGAACACGAAGAUGGUGAAUUGUGGGAGGCUUUGGAAGUAGCCCAGAUCAAGGACGUCGUAGCUUCUCAUCCUGAAGGACUCGAUUUCGAGGUGCGAGAGGGUGGGGAAAACUUCUCUUCCGGUCAGCUUCAGCUACUCUGCAUGGCCCGCGCUGUUCUCCGGAAGUCCUCGAUCGUUGUUCUCGACGAAUCAACUAGUGCACUUGACUCUACUACCGAAAAGAGCCUCUUGAAAGCAGUUUCGACCGCCUUCGAGAAUAAAACAGUGAUCGUUAUCGCGCAUCGAGUAGCGGCGUUAUUGGAAUGCGAUCGGGUGAUCGUUUUCCACGAGGGCAAAAUCGUCCAGGAUGGUUCACCCAUGGAUCUAUCUCAACAGCAAACUGGAUUUUUCGCAAAUAUGUUGAAAUUUAACGAUUCAGGAGCUAAGAGAGUGUGCUUCCGACAUGCGUUGGAUGAAGAUGAUACGAUGAGGUUCUCGUGUUUUCCGCGAGCAAGUAUCCUGGGACAGAGGGGUAGCAUUAAUCUUACCCCUCUGCCCGGCAACGACGAGGCGAAUCAUGUGAACACUUUUAAUGUGAAUGGAAGUACAACGACCCCUGUGGCGACUAGUUACAAACGAUCCGGAGAAUUAGACGUAACUCACGGCGUGAUACGACCGCUACCUGGUAGCGCUGUAUCGAAUGGAACCGGUCCACCCCUAAGUUCCAGUGGAAAAGGUAAAGCACCGAUGCCACCCCGACAGGAUCAAAACCACCUUCCGACGCAUCAUGAAAAUGAACGAGAAGAUGCUAGAAGUUCCGAUGGUUCUGAUCAACCCUCUAAUAAUCCCAGAGGGGGUAUUAUUGGUAGAACUCCGACACCACCCUCUGCGCCUACCCCCGUUUACGAAAAGGAUUCCAAGAGUAGACGACUAAUCAAGAGAGCGAUUUUGGAGAAUGAGUUCCUUGGAAAUCUUGAAGAGAACCUAGUAGAAGCACUGGUAUCUGCUAUGUACUCUAAAACGAUACCACCAAAUACUUUGGUUAUUAAAGAAGGAGACAUAGGGUCGCAUCUCUAUGUGUCUGCGGAGGGAGAAUUCGACAUAUAUAAGGGUAAUAAAUUCCAAAGAAGUUUUGGACCAGGUAUCGCAUUCGGGGAAAUCGCUUUGUUGUACAACUCGAAAAGGCUUCGAUCAAUUAAUGUGAAGAAGGGUGGAAAAGUAUGGGUACUCGAUCGAUCAGUGUUCCUCACAGUGAUGAUGAGGACAGCUCAGGAAAGAUUAGAAGGGAACAUCCGGUUUCUUCGACAAGUAUCCGUUCUCCAAAAGUUACCAGAACCAAAGGACCACCUGCUUGCUAAAAUUUCCGAUCUGUUACGCGUGGAAUUCUUCCCAGCUGGGGCUAAAAUAGUGAGACAAGGAGAGAAGGGUGACAAAUUUUACAUAAUUAGCGGUGGAAAUGUUAGGAUCACUAAGGACACCGAAUACGGAGACGAAGAGGAGCUGGUAGUCCUCGGAAAGGGACAAUAUUUUGGGGAGAAGGCUCUUUAUGACGACGCAGGUGAAAAUCGACGACACGCUAACGUGGUCGCCCUGGCGCCUGGCGUCGAAUGUUUAACCCUGGACCGACAGUCGUUCUUGAAUGAUUUGGGCGGUCUCGAUGAAAUACGCAACAAAGAUUGGGUAGCGGAAUACGAGAGACAAAAACGAUCUUUGACCCCGAAGAAAUGGACGAACAAGUACUCGAACGUGACCUUGGCCGAUUUGGAGACCAGAGGUACUCUGGGAGUUGGCGGAUUCGGACGGGUCGAAUUGGUCACUUUGAAAUCUGAUGAUCAGAAGAGUUUUGCUUUGAAGAAGCUGAAGAAGAAGGAGAUGGUUGAACAGCAACAACAGGAGCAUGUGUUGAAUGAAAAACAUAUUAUGCAGGCAUGCGAAUCACCGUUUAUUUGCAAACUCUACCAGACCUACAAGGACAGCAAAUACGUCUAUUUCCUGAUGGAAGUCUGUCUAGGCGGUGACGUAUGGACGACUCUUCAAAGGAGACGAUAUUUCGAUGAUGCGACCGCAAAAUUUAUGGUGGGAUGCGUGGUGGAAGCACUGGAUCAUCUUCAUUCGUUGAACAUCGUCUAUAGAGAUUUGAAACCGGAGAAUCUUAUGUUCGAUACUCGUGGAUAUUUAAAAUUAGUUGACUUCGGUUUCAGUAAAAAAAUUGGUCCAUCGAAAACUUGGACGUUCGCUGGUACACCUGAAUACGUGGCACCGGAGAUUAUUUUGAACAAAGGACACGACAGGGCGGUUGAUUACUGGGCUCUUGGAAUUUUGGCUCAUGAAUUACUAGUGGGUAAACCACCGUUCCGAGGUUCCGAUCAUAUGAGUACUUAUAAUAAAAUCUUGAAAGGAAUUGAAGUAGUUGGAAUACCAAGUAUCGUUAGCAAAAAUGCAGACAGUCUGAUAAGAAAACUUCUUCGUAUAAGGCCCUCGGAACGUUUAGGAUAUCAGAGGAACGGUAUCCAGGAUAUUCGGGACCACAAAUGGUUCAAUGGAUUCAAUUGGCAAUCUUUACAAAAACUCAGAAUGCCAGCACCCAUCGUCCCUACGGUGCGAAGUGAAAUCGAUACAAGGAAUUUCGAAACGUAUCACCCAGAUCGCAAUAUUCCACCUGACGAAUUCUCUGGAUGGGACACGAACUUUUAACGCAAGACAUUAUGAUAAUGGUUUAUUCAUUCGGAUAAUAAUGAAAAUCUUGAAUUAUUCAUUUUCCGACAAUCCAUGAUAUCAGUAUUUCUCGAAACAAUGCUUUCAGAUCUUUCAUUUCAGAUGCUUUCACUUUCCUUACCUUUCUUGCUAUUAAAUCCAACAUCUUCUACUUCUGUGUUAAGGUAUUGUUUAAGAAAUAACGUAUCGUUUAAGAAAUUUAAUAAUUUUCAUUUAUUUUCCUUUUCACCUAAUAAAAUAUUUAGAACAGACGGAUGAAUUAUAAUCAAAUAUUAUACUUAGCAUCCUCAAAACGUAUCGUUACCUCUUUCACCUGCACCUUGAUCUUCAUCGCUCGAAGAUCCUUUGUGCAUACUAACAAUUUUUUCACCAAGUAUUUCGUAUGCUAUUUGCUUCUGUUCCGCUGACAGCAAAUGGUCUUUGUAGCGAGGGUCCAAAACCAUAGUAAAAACGAAUGAUUACGCUGUAAUUAGAUAAGUCCAUCCCUUGCGGAUGUAUAGGAUGAUUCAUAAAGAGAUACUCUGCGAUCGAAAAAGUUUAUUAUCAUGAGAACUAUACGUCAUUGUUACCAAUUAUUAAUAAAUUGAUACGUGAGUUAA